GCCCGUCGAGUCAGCUCCAUGAGGACCAGGCAUGUGAACUUGCUGGUCGCGCUCGUCGCCGUCUUGCUCUUCAGUUUCUCCUGCUUCUGCAUCUCGAGGAUGACUCACACCGGUAAUCAAUUAACUAAUUGUAGAAACCAAAUUUCGGAGUUUAAGGAAACUAUACUACGUUUAAAAAACAAAACGGAAAUAAAUCGCCAAGAGCUGAUUAAAGCCUUCAAUCAAAUGAAGUAUAAACUUGCAGAGAGAGAAGAUGCAUUGCUAAACUCAGUUAAGAAGAAAGUGAAUGCAUUGAAUAAGAAUGAAACAGUAUCUAAUGCAUUUGAAGUCUUAAGGUUCUUUUUCCCCCAUCUAAGGAAAGUAGACAGAAUUUAUCCUGAUGUAAUCAUUGGCAAAGAGAAAACAGGCGUUUCUUUUGCACUGGGUAUCUCCACUGUUAACGGAGGGAAUCAUAGUUACCUGAAGCGAACGCUGACCUCUGUCAUCUCCAGGAUGACUCUUUCAGAAGAGAAGGACUCUGUCGUGAUUGUCUCUGUUGCAGAUAGUAACGAAGAUUAUUUAAAAUCUGUGGUUGACAUGAUUACAAAAAAAUUCAAAAGGCAACUGAUGUCUGGGUCCUUAGAAGUCAUUUCAAUACCUGCUUAUUUUUAUCCAAACAUAUCACAUGCCAAGCAAUCAACUGAUGACUCAGAAAAAUUAGAGAGUUGGCGAAUCAAACAAGUAUUAGAUUUUUGUUUUUUGAUGCUGUAUGCCCAACCCAAAGCUAUGUAUUACUUACAGCUAGAAGAUGAUAUCUUAGCUAACAAGAUGUACCUUACAAAAAUCACAGAUUUUAUACAUAACAUCACUUCAAAUAAUUGGUUUUAUAUUGAGUUUUCCGUACUUGGAUUUAUAGGGAAGCUAUUUAAAUCUGAGGACUUAAUUGACUUCGUACAUUUCUUUUUAAUGUUCUACAAAGAUAAACCCAUAGACUUGCUCUUGGGGGACAUUUUUCAGGUAAAGAUGUGUAACCCAGGAGAAACUCUUGAGAAAUGUACAGAACGAAAUAAGCAUAUUCGCAUUCGAUAUAAACCUUCUCUUUUCCAGCAUGUGGGUAUACAGUCAUCAUUCCCUGGAAGAGAACAAUAUUUCAAAGAAAUAUGAAGAAAUAAAGCAUAACAAUAGAAGAAAACCUUGGAAAGAAAACCUCUGUAAACCUUGGAACCUUAAAUCACCAUGAUUUCUAAUGGCAUCUUUCAGAAAUUGUAAUAAUAAAAACACAGUUAUAUAGACGAGGAGAAAACAGUGAACAAACUAGUAAACUUGAAAGUAUUAAACUACCUCUUAUGUCAAGGAAAAUUAGAACAUUUAUUUAUGAUGCUUGUACUUUUACUAUUACAAUUUAUUAUAAAAGUAAAGACAGGGAAGUUUUUAAAAAUUAAGAACUGUAUUUUGUUGACUUAGUGAUGUUAUCAAAUUCUCUCAAUAAAUAGCUAAAAGUUCAGAAACUUGCUAUUGUCAUGGACAGGUUCUGUGUGAACUGGUAUAUAUGCUCUUAUUCAUUUUGUUAAGACAUCUAAAGUAGAAGGCACAAGUUUAAGCAACUCUGGGGGUGGCAGUGCCGCAGUAUCUUCUUGUCUUUUUAAUAUAUGCAUUUAAAACUCUAAACUUACUCGUAAGUGCCAUUUGAGCUGAUUACCAAACCUCUUGAUGUGUAUAUAUUCUGAUAGUCAUUCGGUUCUAAAGAUUUCAUAUUUUCUCUUAGUAUUGCCUUCUUAACUCUUGGGUUAUUUGGGAGUAUGUAUUUUUUUGAUAUAUUGGUUUUGCUAUCUUUUAUUGUUGAUUUAU